CGGUCACCUGCGGCGCAGACCUAAACUGUCAGCAUUCAUCGAAAAAGGCCGCAUGGAUGUCGUGGUGGGACAAAUACUUCGCGCCCGGUGACAUUCGCCAGUCACGCCCGCAACAGGCUGAUGUGGUGGCAGCGGCAACACCUGAUUCUCCGAGUGCAGCAUCUCACUCGUCCUCAUUAGGACCCAAAUACACAGAACGAGCCGAUGCAUCCACACGAGCUCGCCGGCAGAAUGCGCUCCUAUACGGCGGCCUCGCCUUCACCCUCCUCUCAGCGGUUGUGACACGUCGGGCGCUGAGGAGGAAAUAUCUCGCCGCCUACCCUCAAAUGAUCAAGCAGACAACGACGAAAGGAGGCAGCAAAAUCGAAGUGCCCACGUUUUCACCAUCCAACACUCCGCCAAAAGCUGAAGGAGGUCUCGAUGCCGCCGAAGCACUCGGUCUCGCGACGCUGUCUGUGUUCAGCGUCUUCAUGGCUGGAACGGGAAUGUUCAUGAAGUUGAACAACAUCGGAGACGUGGAGGAUUUGCGGGACUGGGUUCGAGCUGGAGUAGGCUAUGACGUGUAUGCUGGGGAUACAGAAGCGGACAAAGAGAUCGAGCAAUGGAUGGCGGAGAUUUUGAGCAGGAAAGAUGGUGUCGGGGACUUGCGGACUACGAUCGUGGAGAAGAUGGCUGAGCUGGCUGAAUUGGACAAGAAGAAGCAGGAGGCAAAGGGCAAUGCAGACCAGGCGGAGCUGCGGAAGAAGAUUGAGAUGUUGAAGAAGGAAGUCGAGAAGUCAUGAGGCGGGCGUGGAUGCUCUGCCAACAUCAUCUCCACUCUCGAGGUCAAGAGCCAUGCCAGUCUUCGACAGAUCUGUUGCGUGCCCAGAGGCAUGACUGGGUCACUGCCGCCGUCGACGCACAAGUUGAGUCGGACGGUCUGACAGGACGGCUCCCACAAGAUACGGGCCACUCAACAACCCGGCUCUUGGGACAUGGCUUUCAGAUCAAUCUCGCAAUGUAUAGUACUGUAUCUGUAACUUGAUGCCACCCCUGUCCAUAGCACUUGGUCGGUGGAUCACGACGAUGGCUGUUGGCGUGCGGCGGACCCCACGUCGGCGUCUUGUUCGGCAGCGAGUGAGGCACAACCGGUGGUCGCGAUAGUUCAGGUUCACGCUGCAGC